AUGAUUUAUGCAAUAUUAGGAAUUGGAUUUUUAGCAACAUGAUCAAUAUAUAACUUUCAAGACUCUAACUCCCCAUUUACAGAUAAUUUAAAUAACUUUUACAAUCUUACAAUAACCAUUAUAAUCAUUGUCCUAGCUUCUACUUUAUAUAUAAUAACAGACAUUAUAUUUAAUAAAUAUACUAAUCUAAAUUUAUUAAAACAUCAUAACCUAGAAAUCAUCUGAACUGUAAUACCAAUAUUCAUAUUAAUAAUUAUUGCAAUUCCAUCUCUCAAAACUCUAUAUUUUAUCGACGAACUAUGAAACCCUACAUUCUUCACCAUUAAAUCAAUUGGACAUCAAUGAUACUGAACAUAUGAAUAUACAGAUUUCUUACAUAUCCAAUUCGAUUCUUACAUAAAUAAUUCAAUUAACCUAAAUUCAUUUCGUUUAUUAGACGUAGAUAAUCGAAUAGUCCUUCCAUAUAAAACACCUAUCCGAAUACUAACCACUUCUGCCGACGUUAUUCAUUCUUGAACCAUCCCAUCUAUUGGAGUAAAAAUAGAUUCAAUCCCAGGACGAAUUAAUCAAAUAUCUUUAAUUUCCUCACGACCUGGUUUAUAUUUUGGUCAAUGCUCUGAAAUCUGUGGAACUAAUCAUAGAUUCAUACCUAUCGUAAUAGAAAGAACAAAUGUAAAAAACUUUAUAUACUGAAUUACAUCAAUAUAAA